GCUGCCCCGUCAGCUGUCCGGCCCCCGUCGCCACGCAGACAGAUGUGCAAGAUGGCCCAGCGACUUACAUUUUACAUUUGCUUGAUUUUGUCUCUGCAAACCCUCAAUCUCUUCAUACUAGUGAUUCGGGCAAAUGAAUCAAAUCAAGAUGUUAAAAUCGAGGUGACGUUUCUGCCAGAAAACUGCAGCCAGAAAGCCAAGAGAGGAGACAUGCUGAAUGCUCAUUAUGAUGGAUAUCUAGCAAAAGAUGGGUCUCAGUUCUAUUGCAGUCGUUCUACAAACACGGGUCACCCGCACUGGUUUGUGUUAGGCGUUGGAGAGGUUAUUAAGGGCCUCGAUUUAGGGCUGGACGGCAUGUGUCCCGGUGAGAAGAGAAAAGUUACAGUUCCUCCAUCCCUGGCAUACGGCGAGAAAGGAAAAGGUCCUGUGCCACCAAAUUCAACAGUGAUCUUUGAGGUGGAGCUGUUGUUCAUAACUAGAGGACCACGCAGCAUAGAAGCCUUCAAGGAAAUUGAUGCUGACAACGACAAGGCCCUGACAAAAGAAGAGAUUAAGGAAUACUUGAAAAUGGAAGCAAGGAAGUUAAAUACACAGAAAGAUGAAUCCUAUUUUGAUGAUGUUGUGGCAGAUGUGUUCCAUAAGAAUGAUCACAAUGCUGAUGGGACCUUAUCACUAAAGGAGUAUGAUGUUUAUGGCCAUGAUGAACUAUAAACACUACUAGAAAGACAUUUUUUAUGCAGCUGGUGCACUGGAUAUUGUCUACAAGACUUCAAAUUGAAGAACUGAUAAAGAAUUUUGCCUUGAUGAGUACCACUACAUUUUGAAUAAGAUUCACUCAAAUAAUAACUGUACUAACUGAUGCAAAAACCUAAUAGGGCAUAAAAAGAUGCUUUUUCGAAACAAUUCAGACCUAUUUUUUCAAAAUGCUGGCAUCUUUCUCAAAUGGAUCAUUAUCUUAAUGUUUGAGUGUAAACCACCUCGUUUUUUGAACACGGUAAUCAUUUAUAGACAAAAAAAAUCCUUAUUGGUCAACCACUAUUUACAGCCAAACAAUUCAGGCAUUUGAACACACGGAUUGCAUUUACAACUCUGUUUAAAUCAUUAUCAUAUUAAAUGCCAUCUUUACAUUGUAUAAUGUUGAAAAAAUUACACCCUGUGAAAUAAUAAAGAAAUUUUCAUGACA